AUGAUAUCCAAAGUCGACGAGGCUCAGGUUGAGCACUCCAUCGAAAAAGAUGGCUUGGCCCCUGGCCAACCCAGUGACGCCGAAGUGGACGCAUUCAUCGACCGUAUGGAAGCGGAGCUCGCCGCCCAGGGAGGGUUGCGAAAAGGUCUUUUAGAUCUCGAGUUCAAAAAUCCAAAAUACUUCACCUGGAUCAUCGUGCUGUUCGCAUCAAUGGGCGGCCUUUUGUCUGGUUUAGACCAGUCGACCAUCUCGGGAGCCAACCUGUUUCUCCCUGUCGACUUGGGCCUAGAUGAACGACAGAACAGUCUAGUCAACGCGGCAAUGCCACUCGGUGCCGUCGGCGGUGCGCUUAUUUUGUCGCCGAGCAAUGAGAUAUUUGGACGCCGGUGGUCCAUCAUAAUCUCUUGCAUUCUUUACACGAUUGGCGCCGCCCUCGAAGCGGGAGCCGUUAACUAUGGCAUCAUUAUCGGCGGGCGCGUCCUUCUUGGAAUGGGGGUCGGUCUUGAAGGUGGGACAGUGCCCGUCUACGUUGCCGAGACCGCUGCACGCAAGGUCCGUGGCAACUUGGUCUCGCUUUACCAGUUCAACAUUGCAUUGGGCGAGGUGCUCGGUUAUGCGGUGUCGGCCAUGUUCCUUCGAGUUCCUGGGAAUUGGCGGUACAUUCUAGGCUCCUCGCUUGUGUUCUCCACCAUCAUGCUCAUUGGCAUGUUGUUCUUGCCCGAGUCCCCACGUUAUUUGAUGCAUAAGGGCCGAGUGCUCGACGCAUACUGCGUGUGGAAGCGCAUCCGCGGUAUCAGCGAUCCGGAGGCCCGCCGCGAGUUCUUCGUCAUGCAAGCGUCGGUGCUUGAGGAAGCCCGUGUCGUCGCGGAGAGUGCCGUUAACAAGCGCCUACCCUGGCUCGACUUCUUUACGGUCCCUCGUGCACGCCGCGCCCUUAUUUACGCCAACAUCAUGAUCCUCCUCGGCCAGCUCACGGGCAUCAACGCGAUCAUGUACUACAUGUCGGUCCUCAUGCACCAAAUCGGCUUCGACGACGAGAACGCCAACUACAUGUCGCUUGUUGGGGGUGGGUCGCUACUACUUGGAACCAUUCCGGCCAUCUUUUUGAUGGAACGGUACGGCCGGCGGUUCUGGGCCAACGCGAUGCUCCCCGGGUUCCUCGUCGGUCUCGCCAUCAUCGGGGGGAGCUAUCAGAUCCCUAUCACGACGAACCCGAAGGGUUCCGAAGCUUGUUAUCUCGUCGGGCUCAUCGUGUACAUGUCCUUCUUCGGUUGUUACGCCUGUCUCACCUGGGUUGUCCCGUCCGAGGUCUACCCUACAUACCUGAGGUCCUACGGUAUGACUACAUCAGCCGCGCUGCUUUUCUUGGCCUCGUUCAUCGUGACCUACAACUUCUCGGGCAUGCAAGAAGCAAUGACGCCCACAGGACUAGCUCUUGGCUUCUACGGUGGUAUUGCUGUGGUAGGCUGGGUCUACCAGCUCUUAUUCAUGCCCGAGACGAAGGAUAAGACCUUGGAGGAGAUCGACUUACUUUUCCAGCGCCCGACGUCGGACAUCGUAGCGGAAAACGUGAGAAACAUGCGCGAAUCUGUUAGGGGACUGUUCAAGGGACGGCAAUCCAAGGCUUCUGGGGCUCCGAAUGUGGCAAACUCAGUGUCGGAGAAAGAGAAGGCGUUGGCGGAAGGAGUUUAA